GAUGCGUGUGUAUGUGUCGUUAGCAGCAAGUAUAAUGGGACCUUCAUGAUAGCUGAACACCAUGUCUGUUUCUAAUGUGUGCCAUGUCUGUUUUCACUCACUAAUAAUCUGUUUCUCUCUUCUUUUUCUUUUCUUUUCUUAUUUUCCAUUUCAUCUGUUUUGUUAUCUGCCCCUCAUCCAUUUAAAAAAAAUCACACCCUUCUGUAUAAAUGAUUGCACUGACUCACACACAUGUAAUCAAUGGGCAUGUGUUGUGUACUGUGGGUGUUUGGGUGGUCACUUCCAGCGGGCUUCAUUAAGUCGCCCCUGUCCCAGAUGAAAUUAAUAGGCGAUAGUGCGGAGCUGCACUGCGAGGUUAUAGGCAACCCCAUCCCCGAGGUGCAGUGGUGGUUUGUUGAGGGCGAGGAGCCGGCUGAGAUCUACACCCAGCUGUUUGACGGGGCGCGCGACGACCAAGUGCGGAUCAACGCCACGUACAUCCACCACGCCACCAGCACCCUUUACAUGUCCAAUCUCACGCUCAACGACACGGGCACGUACGAGUGCCGUGCCUCGAACGACCCCGACCGCAACGACCUGAGGAAGACGCCCAAAAUCAAGUGGAUCCGCUCCCAAGCGAACGUUUUAGUGUUCGAAAGUGAGUGACGGCACGGGGGUUGCGGGCAGUCCACCACCGAGAGGGUGGCCAGUGCUCUAGCUCCUGUCCGUCAUCCCUUUGAACCCGCCCUCUGCUCCACCCACCUCCCCAUUGUUCCAGGCGCCCUCCUCUUACAGGAGUUCGGCUGGGAAUCGAGACCCCCCUCCCCCAGUUCUCCACCCAUAGCCCUUCCCACCAGUAGUCCUCGCCUAGUUCUGCUAGUCUUACCUUCCCCGUACUCCAUUUUCCCCUGUAUAACCCUUGGAAAGCAGGAAAUGAUUUGUAUCAGAUUUGCUUUCUAGUAGAGGUUGUUGGGUAUUUGUCAUGCUGUGUCCAGAUUAUGUCAGCCUGAUUAGCUUAGCUUUCCGCUUGUGUGUUUUCUAAGUCUGAUCAGAAAGAGAUUUAGGUUGAUAUAUAGAGAUUAAUAUGUACAGUACUUGAAUUCUUUUCCAUCGGAAAGCUGAUUUUCCUGUAAAGAACACGGCAACUGGACUUAUGGCAAAACGCAGCCACGGGACUCUCUUUCUCUCUCUCUUUCUUUAUCUCUCUCUCCCUCUUGCUCUCUCUCGCUCUCUCUCUCAGUAUGUUAACCCACUGCCCCCCCCCUCUUCUAUUUGAAAUUCCUCUGUUGAACAAUCCUGCACCUUGCUCCUCUUUGAUGUUCUGAGCUGUGGGUUCUCCAUGCCUUACUGGCUGAGCUGCCACUGCCUGUGUUCAUUACACUUCUCCCUCCUUGUGGUUCUUAGCAUAGUUCCCGUUCCUCGCCCUACAAGCAUCAACCUUCUCCGGUCUCUUUAGUGGUUGUUGGGAGUCCCCUUUGGAGUGUGCUUUGUCUGUCCUUAGCUAGAGAUAGACCUAAGCUGCUGCAGUGAAGGGUGAUUGUGUUGUUUGUUGGCCUUUGUAGUGGAGUGAUGAACAAAGCUUCUACAUUAGGCUCAAUAAUAUCUAGCCAUCUAGAGAGUGUAUUUUGUAUUUUGUAUAGUGUCUCUUUGCAUGAUUGCCAAUUCCACCAAAGGGUUUUAGAUAUGUGCAGCUGCUGCCAGGCUUCUUGCCAUUGGCGUAGCUGGCCUCCUUAGACUGGUGAUCUUUCCAUCGAUGACUUGGACCUCCUAAUUCUUGUCUCUGUCCCUGUGCACGUGUGCU